CUGUUGCCACUUUGGGGUCUGCUGUCUCGCUGCUGUCGCGUCUACGCUGGCAGCCUGCAGCUUAGGCUCGCUUACCCCUCGGCUUCCCGCGUCUACCGGCCGCCGCCGCCCCGAGGCGGCCCGGCGUGCACUCAGGACCAUGAGAACACUUGGGACUUGCCUGGUGACUUUGGCUGGACUUUUGCUAACUGCCGCCGGGGAGACGUUUUCAGGUGGCUGCCUUUUUGAUGAGCCGUACAGCACGUGUGGGUAUAGUCAAGCGGACGAUGACGACUUCAACUGGGAGCAGGUGAACACCUUGACCAAGCCGACGUCUGAUCCGUGGAUGCCUUCAGGCUCCUUCAUGCUGGUGAAUGCUUCUGGGAAACCCGAGGGCCAGCGGGCUCACCUGCUCUUGCCCCAGCUUAAGGAGAAUGACACCCACUGCAUUGAUUUUCACUACUUUGUGUCCAGUAAGAGUAACUCGGCCCCUGGGUUGCUCAGUGUCUAUGUGAAGGUAAAUAAUGGACCACUGGGGAACCCUAUCUGGAAUAUGUCUGGAGACCCAACCCGCACAUGGCACAGGGCAGAACUGGCCAUCAGCACCUUCUGGCCCAACUUUUACCAGGUGAUUUUUGAAGUGGUAACCUCUGGACACCAAGGCUACCUUGCUAUUGAUGAAGUGAAGGUGUUAGGACAUCCAUGCACUAGAACGCCCCACUUCCUGCGGAUUCAGAACGUGGAGGUGAAUGCCGGCCAGUUUGCUACUUUCCAGUGCAGCGCCAUAGGCAGGACGGUGGCUGGGGACCGGCUCUGGCUCCAGGGCAUUGAUGUCCGAGAUGCUCCUCUGAAGGAGAUAAAAGUGACUAGUACCAGAAGAUUCACAGCCUCAUUUAAUGUUGUCAACACGACCAAGAGAGAUGCUGGGAAGUACCGCUGCGUGAUUCGUACGGAAGGAGGUGUUGGGAUAUCAAACUAUGCGGAAUUGGUAGUUAAAGAACCACCUGUUCCCAUUGCUCCACCGCAACUUGCCUCUGUCGGAGCAACCUACCUGUGGAUACAGCUCAAUGCCAACUCCAUCAAUGGGGACGGACCCAUUGUGGCUCGUGAGGUCGAGUACUGCACAGCCAGUGGGAGCUGGAACGAUCGGCAGCCGGUGGAUUCCACAAGUUACAAAAUUGGCCACCUCGACCCAGACACAGAGUAUGAAAUCAGCGUGCUUCUCACCAGACCAGGGGAGGGUGGCACUGGAUCUCCUGGGCCAGCCCUGAGAACAAGAACCAAGUGUGCCGAUCCCAUGCGUGGCCCGAGAAAUCUGGAAGUUGUCGAAGUCAAGUCUCGGCAAAUCACCAUCCGCUGGGAGCCAUUUGGAUACAACGUAACCCGUUGCCAUAGUUACAACCUCACGGUACACUACUGUUACCAGGUGGGAGGACAGGAGCAGGUGCGAGAGGAAGUGAGCUGGGAUACGGAUAACUCCCACCCCCAGCAUACCAUCACCAACCUGUCCCCGUACACCAACGUCAGCGUCAAGCUCAUCCUCAUGAACCCCGAGGGCCGCAAGGAGAGUCAGGAACUCAUCGUGCAGACGGACGAAGACCUCCCAGGUGCUGUCCCCACUGAAUCCAUCCAAGGAAGUACUUUUGAGGAGAAGAUAUUUCUUCAGUGGAGGGAGCCGACACAAACAUACGGUGUCAUCACUUUAUAUGAGAUCACCUACAAAGCAGUCAGCUCCUUUGACCCAGAAAUUGAUUUAUCCAACCAAAGCGGAAGAGUUUCCAAGCUGGGAAAUGAAACCCAUUUCCUGUUCUUUGGCCUGUAUCCUGGAACCACGUACUCCUUCACCAUCAGGGCCAGCACAGCCAAGGGCUUCGGACCUCCGGCAACAAACCAGUUCACCACCAAAAUAUCAGCGCCGUCCAUGCCAGCGUAUGAAUUUGAGACACCUUUGAAUCAGACCGACAGUACGGUGACAGUGAUGCUGAAGCCUGCCCAAAGCAGAGGGGCACCUGUCAGCGUCUAUCAAAUAGUUGUGGAGGAGGAGCGUCCUCGGAGGGCCAAGAAGACAACGGAGAUUUUGAAGUGCUACCCAGUGCCGAUCCACUUCCAGAACGCCUCCCUCCUGAACUCGCAGUACUACUUCGCUGCCGAGUUUCCGGCAGACAGUCUCCAAGCCGCACAGCCCUUUACCAUUGGUGAUAACAGGACGUACAACGGCUACUGGAACACCCCCCUCCUCCCCCAUAAAAGCUACAGAAUUUAUUACCAAGCUGCUAGUAGAGCCAAUGGGGAAACAAAAAUUGACUGUGUCCGAGUGGCCACAAAAGGAGCCGUUACUCCAAAGCCAGUCCCCGAACCCGAGAAACAGACAGACCACACGGUUAAAAUUGCUGGAGUGAUCGCGGGCAUCUUGCUGUUUGUUAUCAUAUUUCUCGGAGUUGUGCUGGUCAUGAAGAAGAGGAAACUGGCCAAGAAGCGGAAGGAGACCAUGAGCAGCACCCGGCAGGAGAUGACUGUGAUGGUGAAUUCUAUGGACAAGAGCUAUGCUGAGCAAGGCACCAACUGCGAUGAGGCCUUUUCAUUCAUGGACACACACAACCUCAAUGGGAGAUCUGUGUCUUCGCCGUCCUCCUUCACGAUGAAAACAAACACGCUGAGCACGUCGGUGCCGAAUUCCUAUUACCCAGAUGAGACCCACACAAUGGCCAGCGACACCAGCAGCCUAGUGCAGUCCCACACGUACAAGAAGCGCGAGGCUACUGACGUGCCUUACCAGACCGGGCAGCUUCACCCGGCUAUCCGUGUGGCAGACCUCCUCCAACACAUCACUCAGAUGAAGUGUGCUGAGGGCUAUGGCUUCAAGGAGGAGUAUGAGAGCUUCUUUGAAGGACAGUCGGCACCCUGGGACUCCGCUAAGAAGGACGAGAACAGAAUGAAGAACAGAUACGGGAACAUCAUUGCAUACGAUCACUCGCGGGUGCGGCUGCAGAUGCUGGACGGAGACAACAAUUCCGACUACAUCAACGGCAACUACAUCGAUGGCUAUCAUCGACCCAAUCAUUAUAUCGCAACCCAAGGGCCCAUGCAGGAGACCAUAUAUGACUUCUGGAGGAUGGUGUGGCAUGAGAACACGGCAAGCAUCAUCAUGGUGACCAACCUUGUGGAAGUGGGAAGGGUAAAAUGCUGCAAGUACUGGCCAGACGACACUGAGAUCUACAAAGACAUUAAAGUGACUCUAAUAGAUACAGAGCUGCUGGCAGAAUACGUGAUAAGAACAUUUGCUGUGGAAAAGGGAGGGGCCGGAGGUGAAGCCAACGGCAGUGGCAGUCCGUCCAGAGAAGUGCCACAGAGGGGCAUCCAUGAAAUCCGAGAGAUCAGACAGUUUCACUUCACGGGUUGGCCGGAUCACGGGGUCCCCUACCACGCCACUGGUCUGCUUGGAUUUGUCCGGCAGGUCAAAUCCAAGAGUCCACCUAAUGCCGGCCCGUUGGUGGUACACUGCAGCGCUGGUGCAGGGAGGACGGGCUGCUUCAUAGUCAUCGACAUCAUGUUGGACAUGGCAGAAAGGGAAGGAGUGGUGGACAUCUACAACUGUGUCAGAGAGCUUCGAUCCAGGAGAGUCAACAUGGUGCAGACGGAGGAGCAGUACGUGUUUAUCCAUGAUGCGAUCCUGGAAGCCUGUCUCUGUGGAGACACCUCCAUCCCUGCUUCCCAAAUCAGGUCUCUGUAUUACGACAUGAACAAAUUGGACCCACAGACAAACUCAAGCCAAAUUAAAGAGGAAUUCCGGACUCUCAACAUGGUGACUCCCACCCUGCGAGUGGAGGACUGCAGCAUCGCGCUCCUGCCCCGGAACCACGAGAAAAACCGCUGCAUGGACAUCCUGCCUCCGGACCGCUGCCUGCCCUUCCUCAUCACCAUCGACGGCGAGAGCAGCAACUACAUCAACGCAGCCCUGAUGGACAGCUAUAAGCAGCCGUCGGCAUUUAUAGUCACCCAGCAUCCUUUGCCAAACACUGUCAAAGACUUCUGGCGGCUGGUCUUGGAUUAUCACUGCACGUCGGUCGUCAUGCUCAACGAUGUGGAUCCUGCCCAGUUGUGUCCACAGUACUGGCCAGAAAAUGGAGUGCACAGACAUGGCCCCAUCCAGGUGGAAUUUGUGUCUGCGGACUUGGAGGAAGACAGCAUCAGUAGGAUCUUCAGGAUUUACAACGCCUCCAGACCCCAGGAUGGGCAUCGGAUGGUUCAGCAGUUCCAGUUCCUGGGCUGGCCGAUGUACAGGGACACGCCCGUGUCCAAGCGCUCCUUCCUGAAGCUCAUCCGUCAAGUAGACAAGUGGCAGGAGGAAUACAACGGCGGGGAAGGCCGCACAGUCGUACAUUGCUUGAAUGGAGGGGGGCGCAGUGGCUCAUUCUGCGCCAUCAGCAUUGUCUGCGAGAUGCUCCGACACCAGAGAACCGUGGAUGUCUUCCAUGCCGUGAAGACGCUGAGGAACAACAAGCCCAACAUGGUGGACCUCCUGGAUCAGUAUAAGUUCUGCUAUGAGGUGGCCCUGGAGUACUUGAAUUCUGGCUGAGCGUACGAGCAGCUCUGCAGGGGAGUACCUUCCUACCACAGAGUCAAGACGUUCUGUGGUGUCCGUGAUGAUGAGAUGAAUUGUCAGUAUGCUUAUUUUGCUUUGCAUAAUUGGCUCUUUUUAAGAGCUCAAGAAAGUGUUUCUAAAACUGCUUGCACUGCCCAGUUCCCUGUACUGCUGCUGCGUGACCAACACACAGCAGACAGUCACCAGAGACUGUUCUCCUCGCCACUGGCCUUGUUAGAGCAGCACAGACAUCUGGUCAACGGAAGAGCACAAUUAUAUUCUUAUGAAGGAAUUUGUACUUUUGGGGUUAUUUUUCCUUUUGUGGCUGUGACCCUUUGUCAUUGUUACAACUGAGUGUAUGUUUUGUUCUGUGGAGAAUGCUACCUGGCAUUAUGAUAAUAUAUUCUUUUAGUUAAUAUUUGUAUUUUAACAUGUUGCAUAAUAUAAGAUUAUAUAGCUUUCAAGGACUAACAGAUAAAGAUGUAAUGAACAAAGACACAGUUGUAUGAGUUGUUUCUAGCGGAUUUGUAUCGUUCAAAGAGAAAAGCUGGGGAGGCCUCCGUUCAGAAAUGUAACGUGGUUAGAGUCACAGAUCCAAAGCUUUUCCAUUUGUUUAUAUUGUAAAUAUUUUUUGAUUUCAUCAAAUUAUUUAUUCAUUAAAAGAAAUUUUGUGAUGCA